GACGUGCAGCGGCCGACGAACGGUACUUUGCGUAUUUUUCUAUUGAAAAAGCAAUGCUCGCGGCUAUUGGGAUUCCAUAAAUAUAAUGAGCACAUGGAAAUUAGUGCAGAGGCGGUGUUAUGACCUCCUAUCCAAUAAAUAUUCACUCCUCGUUAUUUUAGUCGCAUUCACCUGUAUUUUCAUCGGCAUCGUACACUUCGGAGAGGUCUGGCUGGAAUGGAGUAAAGAAAAGUACGAAGCGGUAUUUCACUCGUUCAAUGACAAUAUACUCGGCACGUCGUUUCAAAAGAAGUUAUGCCAGCACGUUCCCAUAGACGUUGUUUACACGUGGGUGAACGGCUCAGAUCCGACAUUUCUUAAAAACCUUGAAAAAUAUGUCCCAGUGACAGAUGUCAACAUAGCAACGUCGAGGUUCGACGACAAAGAUGAACUACGAUAUUCUCUCAGAUCUUUAGAGAUGUAUGCUCCGUGGGUGCGGCAUGUCUACGUCGUUACCAACGGCCAAAUACCAAGCUGGCUAGACAUGGAUAAUCCAAGACUCACCCUAAUUGCCCACGAAGAUAUAUUUGUAAACCGUGACGAUUUACCGACCUUCUCUAGUCCAGCUAUCGAAAGCCAUAUUCAUAGAAUUCCUGGACUGUCCGACAAAUUUUUGUACUUCAACGAUGACGUUUUACUUGGUGCCGACGUUUGGCCCGAAGACUUUGUGACCAAGGCAGGUGGACAGAAGGUCUAUCUCGCCUGGUGGGUUCCAGAUUGUUCGGAUAUUUGCCCCUGGGCUUGGGUAGGUGAUGGAGCAUGCGAUCCGGCGUGUAAUACAACAAUGUGUGAAUUUGACGGUGGCGAUUGUGAACCAUCUCUUACGCCAACUGAGAGCGAACAGAUGGACGAAGGGAACGACUACCCUUAUAAAUUUCUACCAGAAAAUCAGAUAAGAAAUAGAGAUGCUGUUAAAAUUUUAAAUAUUUUAAAGAGGAGAAGUAACGAACCAGGUGAAAUCUUGGUGAACAGAACGAUGACUAGAUCUCUGAAGUACUAUGAUUACAAUGUAGAAAAUAACAAGGCAGAAAUGUUAAAAAGUAACCAUGAACAUUUAUUCACUAGUAAUGAGGCUUUAAGUGACCCAAAAAAUGUGCUCACACAAAGACUGUAUAAACCAAAGAGUAAUGAAAGAAGAUUAAUUGAGUCUUCAAGCAGAACUGUAUUUCCUGUUUCACAUUCUACUACCAAAGCACGUAUAGAAAGUUCAAAUUUAACGAAGAACUCUAUGAUGAGUUUAGAAACUGUUGGUUCUGAGCCAUUGCAAUCAUCCCGAUAUGUUGACAGAAUAAAUCUACGUAGGCUUUUGUCAGGAAAUAUUGGAAACAUGAGCACAGCAACUGAUAAAAUUGCACCAAAAAACUCUAGUCAUGUAAAUAUAAGCUCAACCAAAAAUUUGAAUCGAUUGGAGCGACGAAACCAAUUACAACGUUACCUGAACGACAAUAUAAUAAAUUUGGUUCAUUUCAAUAAUUCAAAUAAGUCUUAUCAAAACAGAAACAUGGAGUCCGAAACUGAAUACGAGGAUAGCGACACCCAAGCAAUGCAAUGGAAACACAAAUCGAGGAAGUUGGAUACAUACGCCGAAUCAUUGUUAUACGUAAAUAGAAUAUAUAAUUCGGUGUAUGGCUUCGAAAGGCGGAGAGUGCCGGCGCACAUGCCUCAUUUAUUCGAUAAGUUCAUCAUUCAAGAUAUGCAAGUGAAAUUUGAUAAGGAAUUCAAAAAAACCUCUAGUCACAGAGUGAGAGACCGGGAAGAUAUGCAGUUCGCGUUUUCCUACUUUUACUUUCUCACAAGUGAAAAAUUCAAUGUCUCUAUCGAAACAAUAUUCGAUAUGUACGACACAGAUAAAUCGGGAACCUGGUCUGAUCGAGAAAUCAGAACCCUCCUAUCACGGAUUUAUCCAUUGCCAUUGGACUACGGUUUGGUUAUGGAGUUUGAAAAUCAAAUUUCGAAUUGUUCAAAAUACAUAGACGUUUCGAAUGCUCCACAACCACCAUCCGGAGAAAGAUAUCUCGACUCGACUCUUCCAGUCGUCACGAAAAAGUUAAUCGCUAAAUGCGACUCGAUCGCUAAAAAACUUGUUGCCAAGUUCGGCACAAGAAAGCGCUAUAAACACGAGCACUUCAAAGGCGAUAGGAGUGAGGUUUUUAAAAUGUUGACUAGUAACAUUUCAGUGACCGUCCAAUUUCUGGACGAACUUCGAAAGGAACCCAAAAAAUUUGUGUGCCUAAAUGACAAUAUGGAUUCAGCUCGAAAGCCGGAAAACGAAGUGGUUAAAGCUUUACUUGGAGAUUUUUAUCGCUCACUGUAUCCUUUGAGAAGUAGCUUUGAAUUACCUGCUCAAUAUCGUAAUCGUUUUUCUCAUCGCCAUGAACUUGUAGAAUGGAGAGAACGUCGAACUAAAGCUAGAAAUCUGCUACUCUGUUUUUUGACUUUAUUGCUAGUUUUAACAGUCUAUAAUUUGUUUUACCAUCAAGCAAGAAGGUUGUUACGCUUUCGAACAACGUCGAUACUUCUUGUGUAAAACGGUAUUGUUAGAAAACUUUUAUCUACGUAUAUAUUUUUUUCGAGAAUUGUUCAGGCACACAAUUUUUUUAUUUGUAUCCAAUUUAUCAUAUCACCGUAUUUUCAAGACCGUAACAUUCGUGCAUGAUACGUAUUCCCAGGUAUAAAAACGAUUGUCUAAAUGAGGCUCAGUUGAAACGAAUUAUACAGACACAUGUAUAAUAAUGUAUUGUAAUUUUGUAUUUAUACAAGUGUGUACAUCAGGCGUAUCGCGCGUAAUUUUUAUCAUUACUAGUCAAAUAGAUAUCAUUCACGUAUACUUAUUAAUAUAGCAGCACAAAGUGCAGUAAGUUACCUUCUUCAUAUAGCAAGAAUACGUGGGAGUCAGAUUAGAAAUAUCUAAAGAAAUCACCAGUCCUACAGUAAAUCAGUAUAUAUUUUAUGUACACGCUUUUAGUUGAAUCUUUGUAAGCAGUUCCUAUCCAUGAAUUUUUUUCGAUAUUACAAUUGAGAGUAUUAUUUACAAAAGAUUGGCAUAGCAAGAAUAUCGAUUGAAUUACGUAGAAUAUUAUUUUGGUGCCUUUACUAGUUUAUAAUUAAGUAAAAAAUUAAGGACGACUUGCAAUCAAAGAUUUUUCAAGCAUCAAAGCUUUGAUUUAUUUGUCCUGAAGAGACAGCUGGUUUUUAAUUACUGAUAUAAAGUACCCAUAUCAAGUGACACCGUAAAUACUCUAAAACAAAUGAAUGAGCAAACUUUAUAUUACUCCAGAUGAAAGAAUAAACUUUCCUAUCAAAUUAAACUGGUUUAUCAGUGAUAUUUAGUGGCAUAAGUUAUUUAGACCUACACAAUGUAUAUCUAUGCUAUGGAUGAUAUUUAACCACUAGAUUUACAAACAAUGAAU